AUCACAUCCCUGUCCCUAUAUAAAGUCUGCUUGGGAAUACAGUGGCAUUCAGCGUUAGUUUUACGAGAAACUAAAGUUAAGGGCUUGUUUGGUUGUUUGAGUUAUUUUGCUUCUAAGAACUUUGUGAGAAAUGGCUGCUAACGAUGCUACUUCAUCCGAGGAGGGACAAGUGUUCGGCUGCCACAAGGUUGAGGAAUGGAACGAGUACUUCAAGAAAGGCGUUGAGACUAAGAAACUGGUGGUGGUCGAUUUUACUGCUUCAUGGUGCGGCCCUUGCCGUUUUAUUGCCCCAAUUCUUGCUGACAUUGCUAAGAAGAUGCCCCAUGUUAUAUUCCUCAAGGUUGAUGUUGAUGAACUGAAGACUGUUUCAGCGGAAUGGAGUGUGGAGGCAAUGCCAACUUUUGUCUUCAUUAAAGAUGGAAAAGAAGUGGACAGAGUUGUUGGUGCCAAGAAAGAGGAGUUGCAGCAGACCAUAGUGAAGCAUGCUGCUCCUGCUACUGUCACUGCUUGAAUCUCCUUAAUCAAGGGGAUGAUAUCCCAUAUUUAGUAGUAUUGUCUUUUGUAAUAACCAAGUAACUUGUUCGAAUUUCACACUAUGGAUCACUGUAUGGUUGUACUAUCCACCAUGUUUUUAUUGCUUUUGUGAACCUUGUCUUGUUGCUUGGAAUCUGAUUUGUGCAUUACUGGUGUAAGGCUAUAUGCCCAAUUCUACAAAAAGACUACUUUUAGAUUUCUACUGU